AGAAACACAGUUUUGUGCGUUUAAUCGUUUGAAAUGGCCGCAAAUUCAGGUGCUAAAUUUUUCCGUGACUUUUUCCGGGACAGCCAGUGUCGAAUGGCUUUCCUGUUGAAAUCGGUUGAAAAUUCCCCAAAAGGAACAAAGUUAAUCAAAAUUCGAGAACGUCCAAAGACGGCGCCAGUAAUGCGGUUCCAACCUACGGAUAAUCUGUUGGCUGUUACACCGAUGUCUCACCAUCUUCCGGUACGACCCGUUACAAAGUUGGGCGAACGGCCAGCCUCCAAUUCAGGCUCUACACCACCGGGUGUCGGUUCGACGAACCGCAGGCAGCAAACCGAGAUGCAUCGGGAUCGGCCACCGACUCGCAAUGAGCCACACAGGAAGCAACGACCUACGAACAGCGGUGGGACCACCCGAGUGAAUGCGACGACCGAGAAGCGUGAGGCACCGCGCCCUCGGAAACCGGGUUGCAAAGUGUGCCUACCGGAUGAUCCGACGGGUUUUCUGUUGAACGAAAUCGAUCAGGUACGCGAGCGGAUACUCGAGAGAAUGCCAUCGGAAGGGGUCAGCUGCCGGCAGGCGGUCGCCCUGGCUCACGACAUUCGUAACCGGGUCGAUGCGAUCGUGGUGCCACCGAAGAAGGGCGAACGGGAGUCCCGAAUUAAGUUCAUCGGUGGCCGAUUCGAACAGGUCAGAUCCACAAAACUGGGAUCGAACUCUUCCCUAGAAUGUGAAUACCAUCCAUCCAGCGGAAGACAGGCAAUGGUGCUGGAGAAGAAGAUGCUACCAUCGCCAUUAGGCCGCUGCUUGCAUAAGUCCGAUUUGACGAUGCUUUAACCGCUUGUAGCAACGUCGGCGUGAAGGUCAGGGGCGAUUAGACGGCCGCGGUAACGUCUGGAUCGCGAAUAAACAAACCAAUCUUUCGGCCAUUCACCAUCUGCUGAUCUGCGAUCGGAUUGAUAAGGAAGGAUGGCGAAGGUGUGUAUUUAAGGCAAAGCAACGCCCUCCACAUACCAUCACUAGAGAUAGUGAGCUCACGGUAGCAGC